AUGGCAGCGGUCGUUGGUAAUGGCACCUUCCAGCCGUUUGACGACCUUUCGCAGCCGCCCUCGCACUCCUCAUCUCCGAACUCACCCACCUUCUCAGCUCACAGCCAGUCUCGCACGACCAAUGGUUCUUCCUUCCUCGAGCCUCCGCCGGGCACGUCCUUCUCGGACUUCUUGGGUACCUGGGAUGAUGCAUUGGUUGCACGCUGGCUCUCAGACAUCAAGUGCGGGCACCUGGCGAGUACUUUCAGCGCGAACGACAUCCGCGGAGAUGUUUUGCUUGAGUUGGAUCAGGUCAUCCUAAAGGAGAUGGGUAUGACCAGCGUAGGAGACCGCCUGCGCGUCCUCAACGGCGUCAAGUCCCUCAGGCAGCGCUGCUCGUCCGCCAAUGCCGCUCUGGUAUCAAUCACGAACCGUCCGCGCGUAUCCGAGCUCGGUCGGUCGAAUAGCUUGAACGGCGACGGCAGCUCGUUCCCGGGUAGGGCGCUGGGUCAUCGCCGCCUCGACAGCGGGCGGCCCGCCCCGCUGCACCUCACGCCCGCGGGGGGUUCACCGGACCCGAGUCUGCCACGGAUUAUCCGCGAUGGCUCAGAGUCAUCGGGCUCGACGCAGCCCGCGAAUAGCUCCUCGUCGUCGCGGUACGUGAAUGGCAUUCGUCCCCUGCCACAGCAGCCUGGCAGCGGGUCUUCCACGCACAGUACUCCUACUACCUCCCACAGCGUGCGCGCGAACCUACCUCCGCUCCCACCACCGCCGCGCGGCCAACCGCCAUUGCCGCCCAACCCGCGGACACCGCAUAACCUGCAGCCGCCACCCAGUGUCCUGUCUGGCCGACGGACUCCCAUCCCAUCUGAUGGCUCACCAUACUCACCGCAUACAAGCAAUCUGCUCACGCCGUCGUCAGGGUCGCAGGGUGCUCGAACACCUCUCCGGUCUCAGUCCCCCCAGCUGCCAUUCCCGUCCAUGGCCUCGAACCGCAACAACGCCCAGAACAACGCUCAUAACCGCAGUGGCUCGCUCAACAAUCCACAGCCUGCGCCCCCGGUCAAGCUCCCUCCCCGGCCAUCGACAGGAAGCAACACGCAUCCGUAUGCUCAGAACGGGGCCCCGGCUAGUCUAUCACCUAUUGCCGAGUCCUACAACUCUCAACGGAACAAUAUGGCCUCCAGUACACCCUCUCCUCCCACAGGUCCGUACAACAGGAACGGAAUUGUGGGUCCUAUACGUCCGAACACACCCCAGAACAACGGGUCGUAUAGCACGCCUUCCCUUGAUGAUCUCAGGCGCAAAUUGGUGAAGUUCGCGCUGCCGGACGAGGGCAAGUCUGCGACGAUCAACGUCGCUGAUUGCGCGGGAGGCGUCGAGGUGCUCAUCAAGGCGUUGAAGAAGUUCAACAAGCUGGGCUCACGGGCGGAUGGCGAGAGUGAACGUGUCGAGACGGAGGAUGGGGGCUUGAGCGUUGACGGUUGGGGCGUGUAUCUGAAUGGCGGCGAAGACGUAUCUGGUUCUACAAGUUCGCCUCUGACUGAGGCGCAGCUACUCUCCAUUUGCCACGCACCGCCAGAUGACCCAUCCCGCGAGAACGGCUUGACUCUCCGGUUGAUUGGGAGGAGAGGCCACUCACCUUCAUCAAGAUCUGGAAGUCCCGCAGUCGGCGCGCGGGGCAACGACGACGACGAAUUCCUUGCGCCCAAUCGCAUGCCCAUGUCCACGAAAGCUACCAAACGCGCUAGCUCGAUCAGCAUCCUCAGCGGUCUCGGUGUUCCCAACCCCGAGAAGGCCCUCGAGCCAGACGCCUCGACGUCAACGCCGACGCAGAGUCCCACAGAGACACCCGCCACUGGCCAGCGGCCAGCGGCCAAGUUGCGCAACUUCUUCGGACAGCGUCCGCCCAGCGAGCUCAUCACGACGCACCUGCCGGAAUACUUCCCGAACGCAGACAAGAAGGUGCUCGAGCGCACGCGGCGGCAGAGUAUGAUGCGUAUGGGAAUGCCGUACAAGCGCGAUAGCGUAGCGUCCUGGAACGCGCCGCAGUCGCGGUACAGUGUCAGUACGAUGGGGUCGCAGCGCGGGUCCGCAAGGCUGUCUACCGCGAGUGCGUCGCCUAUGAUCCCGGACAGGACGCAGUCCGCUCUCCCUCCUGCCCCGGAGCCCAAGAGUCGCAACGUACCCCCUCGGUUGUCACUGUCCACUGACGAUGGCAGCGCCAUUGACCUCGAGACCGACGAGUCGUACAAGCGGCUUUCCAGUCCGCACAUUCUCCCCCCGGUCACCUUCCCAUCCGAGUCCUUGUCAGAGUCGCUGAAUCUUGACGCUAGUCAGCCAGAAAACCGGCGCCAGUCGAGGACGCUCUCCACUGCGUCGAAGCGGAUGAGCUAUAUUACCGAGCUGCGAAGCAAGCGUGAUCGCUCGGACACGGCGAGUCUCAUGACUGUCGAUGAGAUUACGGCCUCCGUCGAAAGCAGGCGCGAGAGCACUCUGCGGCCUGACAGCGAUGGCUCGGAUGAGUGGACCCAGGUAGAUGCGGAGGAUGAUGCGGAGAAAAGGAGUAUCAUGGACAGGAGGACGAGGAAGAAGAGGAGGAAGAGGAGGAGGAGAGAGGAAGAGACCGAGGAGGAGGACAAUGGGACUAUCGAGGAUGGAGCUGCUCUGAGCGACGAGGAAGAGACUGGCAAGACGACGAUUUCUGCUACACGUGAGAGGACCAUCAAGUGGAUCAAAGGUGCCUUAAUCGGCGCGGGAUCAUUCGGCAAGGUCUAUCUCGGCAUGGAUGCGUCCACUGGCUUGCUCAUGGCGGUGAAGCAAGUCGAACUUCCGACCGGUUCUGCGCCGAACGAGGAACGUAAAAAGAGUAUGCUGAGUGCUCUCGAACGUGAAAUCGAGCUCUUGCAAGAGCUGCAGCAUGAGAACAUCGUGCAAUAUUUAUCCUCCUGCAUUGACGAUGAUCACCUCAACAUUUUCCUCGAAUAUGUCCCGGGUGGAUCCGUUACUUCUGUCCUUCGGAAUUAUGGCGCGUUCGAGGAGCCGCUUGUUCGCAACUGGGUCCGGCAGAUCCUCUUGGGCCUCAACUACCUUCAUGAGCGAGAUAUUAUCCAUCGGGAUAUCAAAGGUGCCAACAUGCUUGUAGAUAACAAGGGUGGUAUCAAGAUUUCCGACUUCGGUAUCUCCAAGAAAGUAGAGGACAAUCUUCUCCCUGGUCACCGGGCACACCGGCCGUCCCUGCAGGGCUCCGUGUUUUGGAUGGCGCCGGAAGUAGUCAAGCAGACCGCUUACACACAGAAAGCUGACAUCUGGAGUGUCGGUUGUCUCGUUGUCGAGAUGUUGACGGGCGAACAUCCUUGGGCGCAGCUGACACAGAUGCAAGCAAUCUUCAAGGUAUAUCGGCUCUUCGCAAAACCGACUAUCCCAGCGGACAUCUCCCCCGAGGCUGAGAACUUCCUGCAAUUGACCUUCGAACUGAACCACGAGGCCCGCCCAUCCGCUGCCGAACUGCUGAAACACCCCUGGGUCGCGAAUCAGUCGCUGCUUGGCCAUUGA